CACGCCUGGUCCUUCGCUCUGCACCAAAACCCAACCUUAACCAUGCAAUCCACCGAGGCUAGACUGUCCAAAAACAGCCUGUCCCUGACCCUUAGGAGGUACAGCGCGGCUGUUAGCAACAUGGAGCAGACUGUCCUCGUACCCAGCCUACUCCGGGAUGUGCCCUCUGAUGAGCUGUGCGACUGCGAGGAGACCUGCUGUGACCUCUACCAUAGCUACCUGAUGCUCAAGACCAUAAGGGACACAGUGGAGAGGGGCCUGGUUUCCCCUGACGACCGUAAAGCAUCAGACCGGAACCUAGAGCCACUGCUGGACAUGGAUGAAGAGGGACAGUUUCACUUUCACCUCAGAGGACUUUUCACUGUGAUGAGGGAUCUGACCACAAGGACACACAGUGUAACGGAGAAGUACAAGGACAUCAUUGGAGUGGCUAACUGAGAUGGGCUGAAGGACAUGUUAUUGGACAGUAUUAUUGCUUUGCUUUGUGUCAGAUGAGAUUACUUUGUUAACGUGUGAAAUCAGCCAAUAAAAGUGCAUUGCCAAAGAAA